UUAAAUAUCUUGUGGUCGGUGGGACGGAACACCGUUUUGACUUUUUCUUAUCUUUCUGAAACGCGAUCUAUUAAACAUCAUGUCUGGACCUACACCAUUGCAAGGCUCCUCGUCACUGUCGCCCAUUCGCGCCACUCCCAACAAAUUCGAUCCAACCGAUGAGAAUCUCGAAAAGUUGCUUGAAGCCAACCGUCAGUGGGCCAAGACGGUGAAAGAACAACAGCCCGAGUUUUUCAAGAAUAUUAACCUGAAGCAAGAACCCAAGAUCCUGUGGAUCGGUUGCUCCGACUCACGUGUGCCCGCUGAACAGAUCCUGCAACUUGGCCCGGGUGAAAUCUUUGUUCAUCGUAACAUUGCCAACGUGGUCCCCAACGCCGAUAUCAACUCCUUGUCGGUGGUUCAGUAUGCUGUGGAGGUGCUCAAGGUCCAACACAUCAUUGUGUGUGGCCAUUAUAACUGUGGUGGUGUCGCUGCUGCUUCGGGCCACGGUCAGUUUGGUUUGAUCGAUAACUGGCUUCGUAACAUCAAGGAUGUCUACCGCUUGCACAGCAAAGAGCUGGAGGAAAUCAAGGACGACACUGCACGUUUCCGCAAGUUGGUGGAAUUGAACGCAAUCAACUCGGCCGAAAACUUGUGUCAUACCUCGAUUGUGCAAAAUGCAUGGAAGAACGGUCAAAAGCUUACCGUCCAUGCCUGGACUUAUGAUCUUGCUGAUGGUCAUGCCCGACGAUUGAGUUAUCGCGCAAAGGACAACUCUUGCAUGGAAUACAUCUAUAAUGUUUCCGAGUAAGAACGAAUUGUUAACUUGAAGGGUAGUGCCAGAGGAGGGUUUAUGAAGGAAUAAUAAAUGAGAUAAAGGGCUGUGCCUUUUAGCAAAAUGCUUUUGUCAUAGUAGUAGUAGUAGUAGUAGUAGUAGUAGUA